AAGAAGAAGAAGAAACGGCUAGCAGAAGAGAGAGAAAAAUAAAAGUUGGAUCUUGAAGAGGCCCCUCUUAUUUAUUGCAGUUUUUCUUCUCAAUCGAUUCACCUUUUCCUUCAUUCCUUCCUUCUCAAAAUCCUAGAUUUUCUUUCGGGGAUUUCGAUUUCGGCAAGGCUUUCUCUUCUUUGCCUGCCGACCUUCUGAUUUCCCCAUCAGGAAUCCUGGUUUUAUUCAGAGAAGAAGAAGAAGAAAGAAGAUAAAGGGGAUUCAUUCAUUCAUUCAUUGAUACCCUUUGAUUCCCUUGAAUUUCUCCACCCAGAUCUGACUUUUCAGAUUUCAAAUGAAAGAAAUUGAUAGAGAAAUGUGGGAUGCAUCUAGGUUAUUGGAGAAACUUCAUGCCAUGGCUGAAGGAGGAUCUCAUUACUGUUCCAAGAAGACGGAUGAUAUCUGCUGUCAAGGUCACGAUGAGGAAACAGGUCGAUUAUUAAACAUGACAAGGCUGAAAUGUAUUCUUAAAGGAUUAGAUUUCAAGAUGAUAAUAUUUCUCUUCAUCAUGAUCCCAUCUUGUAUCUUUUUCAUUUACUUACAUGGGCAAAAGAUCUCUUAUUUCCUUCGUCCGCUUUGGGAAUCACCACCAAAACCCUUUAUCGAGCUUCCCCAUUAUUACAGCGAGAAUGUUCCAAUGGAGAACCUUUGUAGCUUACACGGAUGGGGUAUUCGCGAAUACCCUAGACGGGUUUUCGAUGCAGUUCUGUUCAGCAAUGAAAUCGAGCUUCUAUCAAUCAGAUGGAAAGAAUUGUACCCUUUUGUAACGGGUUUUGUAUUGUUGGAAUCCAAUUCGACGUUUACAGGCAAACCGAAACCUCUUGUUUUCGAUAUCAAUAGGAAAGAGUUUGAAUUCGUGGAACCGAGAUUAACCUAUGGGAGAAUCAAUGGAAGGGCGAGGAAAGGAGAGAAUCCUUUUGUUGAGGAAGCUUAUCAACGGUUGGCGUUGGAUAGAUUAAUCAAACUGGCUGGAAUUGCUGAUGAUGAUUUGUUGAUCAUGUCGGAUGUUGAUGAAAUUCCUAGCAGACAUACUAUUGAUCUUCUGAGAUGGUGCGAGGAUACCCCUUCGAUCCUGCACCUUCGAUUGAAGAACUAUCUUUACUCUUACGAGUUUCCUGUCGAUAACAAUAGCUGGAGAGCUUCUGUUCAUCGGUAUCAAACGGGGAAGACAAAGUAUGUUCAUUAUCGUCAGUCUGAUGUUAUCUUAUCCGACGCUGGCUGGCAUUGCAGCUUCUGUUUCAGACGGAUAGACGAAUUCAUCUUCAAGAUGAAAGCUUACAGCCAUUUCGAUAGGGUGAGAUUCUCUAGUUUCUUGAACCCUAAAAGAAUUCAGAGAGUGAUUUGUGAAGGAUUGGAUUUGUUUGAUAUGAUUCCGGAAGAGCAUACUUUUAGGGAAAUCAUCGCUAAAUUGGGUCCAAUCAAACGGUCAUACUCAGCUGUGCAUUUACCAUCUUAUCUCAUAGAGAACGCCGAGAAAUUUAAAUACCUUUUGCCGGGUAACUGUUUGAGAGAAGAGAGUGGGUAAUUCGCUUUCUUUAGAGUAAAAGGAUGAAUGGAUUCUUCUAGAAGAGAUGUACUCGAAGAAGAAGAAGGCCUUCGAACAAGAUGGAAAUAGCGAUCGAGGGUGGCGGGGGAGAUAGGAAUGAAUUGUCGGGAAAAUAGCGAUCUGAGGAUUUAGUUUGUUUCUGGAGGAGUAAAAGUGAAAUUUUCAUAUGAAAGUAUCACUAUCUGAUUCAUAUUUAUUCAUUCAUUUAUAGUUAUUGUUCUUUUGUAUGGAAGUUGAGAUUUUUCUAUUAUGAAUAAUGCAUAUGAUUUAUUGGUUGGAU